AUGUCCUCGAACGAGUACUUCCUUAAUCCAAACCAGCCGACUCCUACGGCACAGGCUGGAGGAAUCGUGCAGCAGCCUCCAGUGCUCGGAAACUUUGCUCAGCUGACGACGCCUACACAGAGACCACGUCUGGAGCCGCCAAUUUUGUCCCCAAUUGUUGAUUUAACCGAACAGGUAAGGGUAUCUGAUGAUCACUUACUGAGAUCAUUCCAACGGCAUUAAGGUAUUCCAAUAUCCAUCUCAACAGAAACCAAAAGGUCCGUCGCUUGCUGAACUGUUGCACGGACCCCCGCUCUUCAAUUCAUAUGGUCCGUCACCGAAAAUUCUGGCGAAGAAGACACCGAUUCCAAAAGUGGCGCCGAAACGGAAGAAGAAGACGGCGGCGUCCAAGAACCAACGUCAAGUGCUUGCUCCACCGGCAGUCACUACCCCACGCCCAUUAGCUCUUUUCCAAAAUUCGUUUGCGUACAACCAACAAGCGCAGGACGUCUUGCCGCUGCAGAAUUUCCAACAGCAUCUUCCUGUCUACAACGCUCCAGUUUACGGUGCACCCGGAGUCGGAGGGCCCGUAGGACUUGAAGGACCCAGUGGACAAGGAAGACCCGGAGGAUUUGGAAGACCUGGAGAAUUUGGAGGACCCGGAGGGUUCGGAAGACCCGGAGAAUUCGGAAGACCCGGAGGAUUCGGAAGACCCGGAGGGUUCGGAAUACCCGGAGAAUUCGGAGAUGUCGGAAGUGUCGGAGCUGGUGGCGGACCCGGAGGACAGCAGUGGCCGCAUGCUCCGCAAGUUCCGCAAGGCCUGAAUCCUCCAGCUUAUGAAGCCGGCGACAUGACUUCUACAAUGUAUUCGCUCCUCUAA